AUGGACGCCAUUGAGUUGCAAGACCGCCGGCCUCCCUUGGAGAACACAACGUCCAACCACGAUGACUCAACACCAGCAGCGCCCCCAACGCCAAAGCACCCACACGGCAUACGCCUUCUUCUCAUAACCAUCGGCCUGAUCCUCAGCAUUCUGCUCGCCGCACUUGACCAAUCCAUCAUCGCAACAGCCAUUCCCAGCAUCACCGACUCUUUCGGCAGCAUUUCCAACAUCGCCUGGUACGGCUCUGCGUACUCCAUCACGAACACAGCCUUCCAGUCCUCCUGGGGAAAAGCAUAUCGCUACUUCGACCUCAAGCGCACCUUCUUCCUAGCAAUUGCUGUGUUUGAGAUCGGCAAUGUGAUCUGCGCAACCGCGCCGAGUAGUACCGUGUUGAUUCUGGGACGGGUGGUGAGUGGGCUGGGCGGUGGUGGCGUCAUGACAGGCGCUUUCAUUAUUAUUGCAUUUACGGUGGAGGAGAGGCUGCGCGCGGCAUAUAUGGGUGUGCUGGGCGUGACGUUUGGGAGUGCGAGUGUCGUGGGGCCGUUGAUGGGCGGCGCAUUGACGGACGGGCCUGGCUGGAGGUGGUGUUUUUGGGUGUUCUUGCCUAUCGGCUUCGCGGCGACCGCGAUUAUGUUCCUGGCGUUUAAAUCUCCCAUGGCUCCCAAGGAAGCGACACUUCCGGAGCGUUUCAUCCAGAUGGAUCUCGGAGGGGGCACGCUCGCGACCGGCGCACUAUCCUGCUUCGUGCUCACCAUGCACUGGGCCGGAGUCUAUUCUUGGGGCCAUCGCCGCGUCAUCCUCAGUCUCGUCGGGUUUAUCUUGCUCUUCAUCUGCUUCGUCGCGAACGAGUGGUGGAUGGGCAGCAAGGCCAUGGUGCAAGCGCACUUACUCAAGAACAAGCUCAUCCUGGCGAAUCUGGGGUACAUCUUCUUCCUCGCAGGGGCGUUCUUCCCUCUGCUGUACACACUUCCGGUGCAGUUCCAGUCCGUCAACGAUACGUCCGCAUCGCAGAGUGGCGUCCGCCUUAUCCCGCUCAUCCUAGGCGUGUCAGUGUUCACUAUGGUAUCCAAUGGCCUGCUGACCUUUUGGCGGCAUUACAAGCCGUUCCUCUUAGUUGGUGCCUUGCUCGCUACAGCUGGGGUCUCGAAUAUCUACACUCUGAAUGCCACCGCAACGACCGCGACAUGGAUUGGAUACGAAGUCCUGACCGCAACAGGCGUUGGGCUCGCCUUGCAGAUCCCCAUGAUCGCCAAUCAAGCCGCAGUAGGCGCAGACGACAUGGCCGCCGUGACCUCGCUCACCCUGUUUAUCGAGAACUGCGGCACAGCUCUGUUCGUCGCAAGUGGUGAAGCAGCUUUUACGCAGGCUCUUGUAGACAGCUUGGGGCGCAACCUUCCGAGUGUGGAUCCUCAUACCAUCCUAAAUGCUGGGGCGACGCAGGUCCGAAACCUCUUCAGUGACGGCGAACUGGACCAGAUUCUGUCGAGCUACUUGUACGGCUGCAAGGUCAGCCAUAUUAUUUCGGUGUCAUGCGGUGCGGCCGCCAGUCUGAUAUCGAUGUCGAAUGCUGGGCCAGCUGCUGUGAGGGAAGUCAAGCUGAGGUUGAAGAAGAGUCACGCUGGUUGA